AGGGAGUGGAUCAGGAGGAGGAGGGAAAGUUAGAUGAACUGUGAGCCGCUGUCAGCAGCAGCAAAGCAGCAGAGUCCUGCACACCAAAUGUGUGAGAGGAACAUGUUGUCCGGGGGCUUGUGUCGUGGAAAAGGCUGGAAUCAGAGCAGAUAAGAGGCGGAUAUCUUCAAAGUGAAACACUGACCAGCAGUAGGGAUGCACAGCUGCAGAUUAAGGGAUUUGAAGAUGUGGGCAUUCAUGGGAGCGGUCUAUCUUUGUCACUGUGCCACUGGGCAGCUGCUUGAGGCCAAGCUAAAAGGGACACCUCGACUUGUCUGCAGUGUCCCCGGGUCACCAGGCCCGCCCGGCAAACCAGGUCCCAGUGGGCCGCCAGGAGCAGAUGGGAAUGUUGGCAUUCCAGGACGAGACGGCAGGGAUGGUAGAAAGGGGGAAAAGGGAGAAAAGGGAGAUACAGGGGUAAAGGGCAGAGUUGGCCCAACAGGUAAAAUUGGAGAGCGAGGUGAACGCGGCCCUGCUGGAAAACGAGGCCCCACAGGAGACGACGGAGAGGUGGGGCCCCCUGGCCCUCAGGGCCGAGAUGGAGACAAGGGGGAUAAAGGCGGGCGAGGACCCCGUGGAACAGCGGGAAUCUGCAAAUGUGGCAGCCUGCUACCCAAAUCUGCAUUCUCAGUGGGGAUCACCAGCAGCUACCCAGCAGAGAAGGUGCCCAUCAAGUUCGACAAGGUCCUCUUUAACGAAGGUGGACACUACAACCCGCAGACGGGCAAAUUCAUCUGUGCAUACCCAGGCAUUUAUUACUUCUCCUAUGACAUCACACUGGCCAACAAACACCUGGCUAUUAGUUUGGUGCAGAACGGUCAGUACCGCAUUAAAACCUUUGAUGCCAACACUGGAAACCAUGACGUGGCGUCUGGGUCCACUGUGAUGUUCCUGAACCCAGAGGAUGAAGUGUGGAUGGAGAUCUUCUACACUGAUCAGAACGGUUUAUUCACAGACUCCAGCUGGGCCGACAGCUUGUUCUCUGGAUUCCUGCUCUAUGCAGACACAAACUACUUCGACACACUGGCAACGGACUAUGCAUAGAACUGGAAGAGCAAAGCAGAACCAAAAAAAGUGUGUUACUGUUAUCAUCACACAUUCAGCACACCUUUGGGAUGAAACAAAACAUACCUGGACUGCCUUAAGAAUAGAAAGGCAUUCAUUUAAGGCUGUUUUAUUUGGUAAAGCUUUCAGUGAUUUAUAUGAUGUUGAUUCAAAAAUGAUGUAAAUAAACAUUCCAGUCAAUUUAAA